GUUGUGCUUUUGCAGUGGUCACUGAUCAGUGGUUAGUUAGUGUGCUUAGUUACUUUCUUCAUUCUCUUUCUCUCUCAACAAUUCAAGAAGAUAAUGGCUGACAAUGAUUCGCUCUCGGAAUUCCUCGCAUCUGCAGUCGACGCUGCUCGCAAAGCUGGUGAUGUUAUUCGAAAAGGGUUCUACCAGACCAAACACGUGGAGCACAAAGGACAGGUUGAUUUGGUCACAGAAACUGAUAAAGCAUGUGAAGAACUCAUUUUUAAUCAUCUCAAGCAGCUUUACCCCACUCAUAAGUUCAUUGGGGAAGAAACCACAGCUGCUUGUGGCACUACAGAACUUACGGAUGAACCCACUUGGAUAGUUGAUCCCCUGGAUGGAACUACUAACUUUGUGCAUGGGUUCCCCUUCGUUUGUGUCUCCAUUGGGCUUACAAUUAGAAAAAUUCCUACAGUUGGUGUUGUAUACAAUCCAAUAAUUAAUGAGCUUUUCACUGGAAUAAUUGGGAAAGGUGCUUUUUUGAACGGGAACCCCAUAAAAGUUUCCUCACAAACUGAACUAAUGAGCUCUCUUCUUGCAACUGAGGUUGGAACAAAACGUGACAAGUUAACAGUAGAUGCCACUACCAAUAGGAUUAAUAGCUUGCUUUUCAAGGUGAGAUCUCUUCGAAUGAGUGGCUCCUGUGCUCUGAAUCUCUGUGGAGUUGCAUGUGGAAGGCUGGAUGUAUUCUUUGAAGUUGGCUUUGGCGGUCCUUGGGAUGUGGCUGGUGGUGCUGUCAUUGUUAGGGAAGCUGGAGGUGUUGUGUUUGAUCCGUCUGGUGCAGAUUUUGACAUUAUAUCUCAGCGAGUAGCAGCUUCAAACCCAUUCUUGAAGGAUGCAAUUAUUGAUGCUCUGCGCCAAACGGAGUGAGAAAUUUACUAUCUAUCACUGAUGACGAGAAAUUGGCAUAUAAGUCCAUCUUUGUUAGUUCAUUCAACUUUUGCUUGAAUAAUGCUCUGAUUCUUGCUUUAAAUUAAUUCCAUUCAUGUGGCCUAUGGGAGGAAUCCCAAAAAU